CACUUCCGCAAAAAGGAAAAAAAAAACACUUCCGCUCUUCUUUUUUUAGGUAACCAUAACAAACAUGGCGACUUACAGACAGGUCGGCAGGUUGUUGGGUAUUUCAGCAAGACUCUCGCGUCCUCUUGCUGUCUGUGGAUAUCAGAGCGCUGGAUUACACUGGCUUUCACACAACAUCGGCGUCUCAAACAUAUGGCCACAAAACCCCCAUUGGGUUGUUCCAGGAAGGACCAUGUUUGUGCAGACACAGGACACACCAAAUCCAAACAGCGUAAAGUUUCUCCCUGGUCGCACAGUUCUCGAAUCAGGAACUAUGAAUUUUGAUGGCCCUCGUGACGCAUUCUGCUCACCAUUAGCCAGACAGCUGUUUAGGGUUGAUGGAGUAAAGAGUGUCUUCUUUGGCAGCGACUUUAUCACCAUAACAAAGGUUGAUGCAAAUUUGGAGUGGAAUGUAAUCAAACCCGAUGUAUUUGCUGCCAUUAUGGACUUUUUCACCUCUGGACUUCCUGUUGUCAAUGAGGACAGCAAACCUAAUGCAGAUACUGCGCCAUCAGAUGAUGAUGAUGAAGUAGUUGCUAUGAUCAAAGAACUGCUGGAUACUCGAAUAAGGCCAACAGUGCAGGAGGAUGGAGGUGACAUCCUGUAUCGGGGAUUUGAGGACGGCAUCGUUAAACUGAAACUGCAGGGCUCCUGCACCAGCUGUCCCAGUUCCAUUGUUACUUUGAAGAGUGGAAUCCAAAACAUGCUGCAGUUUUACGUCCCUGAAGUUGAAUCAGUGGAGCAGGUGAAGGAUGAGGACGAGGAGAUGGGUGCUCAAGUUUGAACUACACUGAAACUAGAACCACAUGUAAUAAUGAUGAUAAUAAUUUACACAGUCGUCUCUCCACUGGUCAUCUGCUUCUCUGUAGGCCAUAGCUGCAAUAAAACGAGCAUUUGUACAUUGUGGCCGUGUGAUAGACCCUUUCGUCCUGAUGUUAUUAAGGACUUUGGUAGCUGGUUUAUGUACAAUGACAGUAUUUCACAGGAUAUACAGGACAGAGGAGUCCAGCAGUAGAAUUAUUGUAUUUAUUAUUUAGCAAUUUGUCACUUGUCAAAACAGCUUUUAGGUUUAAAAUACACAUACAGUUCUGUAUGUAUGUAAAUAAAAUUUAAUGAAUUGAUUUUA